AUGGCUACCGCAGUACUAUCAUCACCUCUUUCGUAUUUCCCUUCGAAGAAGCAGGCCGAGUCCUUUUGGGAGGCCAUAUCUCAGAACGUCCCGGAAAUUGUUCGCGUUCCAUUAGGGUUUCCGAAGAAGCUCAUAUCUCCCUUGGCAUGGAAGGCACAGGCCAUUCAAGCCCGCCUGGAAGAAUAUGUAGUCGAGUUGAGCCAAGAGGAUGUCGAUGACAUUGAAUCAGCUCUUGCUUCCUUCAAGGAUAUGUUACUGGACACUUCUGCCUUAUCAACGGAAACUUUUCCACUAAACAUGAAUCUUUCUCGUCGCUUGAAGGCUGUAUCAUCUGAAUGCUAUAGUGGUGUAGGCUUCAGCAUCGUUCGUGGACUCGAUCCGUCCAAGUAUUCAUCGGUCGACAAUGUCAUCAUUUAUGCCGGAAUCGCAAGUCACAUAGCACCCGAACGUGGCUUCGUUGACCGGAAGAGAGAAAGUGUCAUCAGUCACCUCCUCAAUGUGUCGUCUGCCGUUACACCAGCAUACACCUUGGAGAAAGUCGCAUUUCAUUCUGACAAUUCGGAAAUAAUGGGACUAUAUUUGGCAUCGAAUCAUCCUGGUGUGCUUGAGACUCUUGCUGGUCCUUGGGUUUUGGAUACAUUCAAAGACUAUGCAAAGUAUCCACCGCUUUGCGUGCCGUUCCUCCACAGAGCAGGAUCUGACAAGAUUGUAUUCCGAUUCUCUCGAUAUCCUUUGACCGGCUUCCAAGGCUUGAAAAGAAACACCUCUCUACCAAGCCUUACAGAAGCCCAGAUCAAAGCAAUGGAUGCAGUGCAAUUCCUGGCUACUGCGAACUCUGUUGAGAUCCCAAUGACAAAAGGCAAUAUCCUGUUUGUCAAUGAUCAAGCCAUCCUCCACGCGAGAGGCGCAUUCAAUGAUAAGGAUUCCACUCAACGACAUCUUCUGAAAAUGUUCCUGCGAGAUCCGGAGCGUAGUUGGCCUGUCACCGAAGCAGCCCUAGAACAGCAACAGAGGAUCUAUGGACCGAAUUGCGCCGAUGGCACCAGAGCUGAGACAUGGUGGACGGACUUUGAACAAGGACAGGAAGCCGAAGCACCAACCAAUGGCUAG